AAACCUAAAGCUUAGAGUGACCUCGAGCUUAGACGCUAAACCAGCACUCUUAUAAUUACAAGGCAAUCUACAAUUAAUAACAUAUUCGUUCGUUUGGCACUAUGUGUGAGAAAAUGGUACAACCUAUUUCCACAGCUUUUGUGCCUUGCCUACUCUCUGACUAACACACCGAAUGUACCGUUAGUCAUGCCAUUUCAGUGACUGGCGUAUAUAAAAGACGCAUUGUGUGCUUGCGAUCGUAGCUAUUUUGUUUAGCUUUCUUUUAGUAUUCAAAUCCAAAUGAAAUCUGUACCAGCCCUUUUACUACUCACCCUGCUGGCGGUAGCAGUGAUGGGUGACGACGAUCCCGAUACGCAGUGCGGGGAAAAUGAGGUGUGGGACGAUUGCGCAAGCUCUUGUCAGGAUAUAUGUUUCGAGCCGCCGGCCGAACGUUGUGAUAAGAAGUGCAAUAUUGGUUGUUUCCGUUAAGGAUACGUUCGGGAAUAUUUGGAUGGCGGUAAAUGCGUUCGCCCUGACACCUGUGAGUCUAGGUUAACUGUAAGAAGCAGUUUUCCCAGCUAAAAUGGUUUAAGCCAAUGAAUGUACUUAAAUGAUGUCUCUUGAAAGCUUUUGCAAGGCAGCCAAAGGUGAAUACACCAAUCGUGAAUGAUCACAAAUCAUUGAAAAACAAUAAAAUACAGCUUAUAUCAUUAAUGUUUCA